CCAGGAGGAGGGUGUCAAAUUGGGCGGGAACCCAAGAGCGAUAAGGGCGGCUCUCGAAGCACUCACACACAACUGAUUCAAUCAUCUCUGAAUCCGGGAUGGGGAAAGAUGAGGAGGAAAUGCGUGGGGAGAUUGAGGAGAGGUUGAUCAACGAGGAGUACAAGAUUUGGAAGAAGAACACGCCGUUUCUUUACGAUCUAGUCAUCACCCACGCUCUCGAGUGGCCGUCUCUCACCGUCGAAUGGCUCCCGGACCGCGACGAGCCGCCCGGGAAGGACUACUCUGUACAGAAGAUGAUUUUGGGUACCCAUACUUCCGAGAACGAGCCCAAUUAUCUCAUGCUCGCUCAGGUCCAGCUUCCGCUCCAGGACUCGGAGAACGAUGCGCGUCACUACGACCACGACCGGUCCGAUCUUGGUGGGUUCGGGUGUGCCAGUGGGAAGGUGCAGAUUAUCCAGCAGAUAAACCACGACGGGGAGGUGAAUAGAGCUAGGUAUAUGCCGCAGAAUCCGUUCAUUAUAGCCACCAAGACUGUCAGUGCGGAAGUUUAUGUCUUUGAUUACAGCAAGCAUCCUUCUAAGCCUCCACUGGAUGGGGCGUGUUCUCCGGAUUUGAGGUUAAGGGGGCACAGCACGGAGGGGUAUGGGCUCUCCUGGAGUAAGUUCAAGCAGGGCCAUUUGCUUAGUGGGUCUGAUGAUGCUCAGAUUUGCCUCUGGGACAUCAAUGCCACCCCCAAGAACAAGGCCCUCGAUGCUAUGCAAAUUUUCAAGGUCCAUGAGGGUGUUGUAGAAGAUGUUGCUUGGCAUCUCAGACACGAGUAUUUGUUUGGUUCAGUUGGGGAUGAUCAGUACUUGCUUAUAUGGGACCUGCGAACUCCGUCUGUCACAAAGCCUGUCCAGUCUGUAGUUGCUCAUCAGAGUGAGGUUAACUGCUUAGCUUUCAACCCGUUUAAUGAGUGGGUUGUGGCUACGGGGUCUACUGAUAAGACUGUUAAGCUAUUUGAUCUUCGCAAGAUCAGCACUGCACUCCACACCUUCGACAGUCACAAGGAGGAGGUUUUCCAAGUUGGCUGGAAUCCGAAGAAUGAAACCAUAUUAGCUUCUUGUUGUCUUGGUAGACGGCUUAUGGUGUGGGAUCUUAGCAGGAUUGAUGAAGAACAGACACCAGAGGAUGCUGAAGAUGGUCCACCAGAGUUGCUCUUCAUCCAUGGUGGUCACACUAGUAAAAUUUCAGAUUUUUCAUGGAACCCAUGUGAGGACUGGGUUAUUGCCAGUGUAGCUGAAGAUAAUAUUCUCCAGAUAUGGCAGAUGGCAGAGAACAUUUACCAUGAUGAAGAUGAUAUACCUGGAGGAGAUGAAGCCACCAAAGGUUCUUAAUGUGUUAACUAACCAUAUAACCGAGGAGCCAUAAAAGACUGCCCGAUACAUUAAGGCUCGUGGAGUUGUAUUUUAACUCGUUUCAUAGUUGGAAAUGGUUUCAUUGGCUUCAUCUCCUCCUAUGUUGGGGUAAUGGGUAUAUUAUGCUUAACUUAAUCCUGUGUUACAACUUAUGCCUUGUAUCUAUUUUUUUAGAGUUGCAGAGCACUAUUCGGCCA